AUGUCCACAGCGUCGUUUCUUGAAAUGAAACGAGUGGCGGAAGCCAAAGUUCAGUCAAUGAUUCGUCACAAUAAACCGACUACAACAACAGCUGGAACUGAAGAAAAAGAUGGAAAGAAAGAUGAUGCUGAAGAUCAAUUCUCAACAUCAGAUAAACAGAAGGAGAAUCUUGAAAUCAAGCCAAGUUCAUUUGGAAUGAGACCUAUUUAUUCGAGAGUCGAUAUUAAUUCGGAUAAAUGGCUAAUGACAUUAGACGAAUCAUCACGGAAGAAAUUAGAUAAUCCGCCAAGUUUAGCAGAUGGACUUAGUCAUGAAAUAGAAGCGGAACUUCGAUAUUUGGGAUGUGAAUUGAUUCAACAAGGCGCAAUCAUGCUGAAAUUACCACAAACUGCAGCUGCUACCGGACAAAUUAUCUUUCAACGGUUUUAUUAUCAAAAAAGUUUUGUAAAAUAUCUAUUUGAGGUUAGUUUAGUUUGAAGGAUUUUUCAAAACUUUCGUAUGUAAGCAAAUUUGUUUUUUUUAGCAUACAGUUAUGGCGUGUUUGCUUCUGGCUUCUAAAAUUGAAGAAGAACCUCGACGAAAUCGCGAUGUUUAUAAUGUUUUUCAUCGUUUGGAGAGACUUCAUCGAAUUCAACAAAGUGGAGCAAGAAUUACAAAGUAAGCAUUAUAGAAUUUCCCUUUUGAAAAUGAGAAGAUCAAUUAAAAAUUCCUCCUGGAGUUUGAGUUUUCAAAAAAAAAGUAAUCUCACGAAUUUUCAAUAUACAGAAUAUGAAUAUGAAUAUAUUUCAUAAAUACUAAAAUUAAUCAUUUAUAUGUGGCUUAUCCAAUUAUUUCCCCAUUGUUACCUCUGCCCAAAACUUUGAAAUAAACCCAUAAUAAUCUUGAAUUUAUCACAGGCGGCUCACGAUCGAACGACUGUGUUGGUUGCUGUCAUAAUAUGUGUAUAUGUAAGAAAGAAAACAUGGUGUACAAAAAUUAAAACAUCGAGGAAUCGGAAGGCAAAAUCAGGUAGGCGAAGACGUGUGUGGAUUAUUUUAGAAAGAACUUGGAGAGGGUACUGUAGGGGUUGAAAACAACAAGUGGAAAAUUUUUGACCGAAUUUUGAGAAUCGGUUAAGAUUUUAAUAAUUUUUAUGAAAAAAAUCUGAUUUCUGAAUCUAAAAUUUGAUUUUGUUUUUCUCUACAAUCAGAUUUUUAUCCUACUAAGCAAAAUGUUUUGAUUAAUAAAUCAAAGUAAUUAGAAAUCAGCUAAUUGAUUAGUUAAUCGUUAAAGAAAAAUAAAAAAAUGGCUAUGCUCAAAACAGUUUUGAAAAUAGAUGAUUCGAAUAUCACACCAGGAACCCCUAAUGUCCAAAAUGACAGAAAUUUCAAUCGAAAAAAUCAAAAUCUUUAUUUACACUAAAUCUUCUACAGUACCCUUACUUUGUUCAAGCACACGUCUGAGCCGACUUCCGGUUCCUCACAGGGGGAAAUUUAUUGAUCUUCUCAUUUUCAAAAGCUCCGUUUUCUCUUUUCUAUAUUUUUCUAACCAAUUUUUGUAGGGAAUCGACGAAAUCAAUAAGAACUCCAAUGAUUGAUGACACUUAUAUCAAAGCGAAAAAUAAUGUGAGUUCUAGCUGUUUUUUUUCCGAAUAUACAACGAAUAUGUGUGGUUUUAGAUGAUUCUAAUGGAAAGACGGAUAUUGGCAACACUUGGAUUCGUUGUUCAUGUCAAACAUCCACAUCGUUUAAUUGUUGCGUAUUGUCAUGCACUUGGAUUAACUCAAUCUCGUGUUGAUAUUCUUCAAAAAGCUUGGAAUUAUAUGAAUGAUGGACUUCGAACUGAUAUUUUCAUGAGAUAUACGCCCGAAACAAUUGCUUGUGCUUGUAUUUUCUUAGCUGCUCGAACAGUUGAAGAACCAAUUGCUUUGCCAUCAACACCAUUUCAUUGGUUUGAAGCAUUUGAUACUUCGGAUCGAGAUGUUCAAGCGAUAUCACUUCAAUUGCUCAGAUUAUAUGCAAGAAAACGAGUGGCGAAUUGGCCGAGAAUAAAUGCUGAAUUGGAUAAAUUGAGAGAUGCGAUUGAAGCCGAAAAAGCAGCUGUAAAAGAAGCGGCAGAAGCAAAGAAAGCAGCUGUAAAAGCAAAAGAAGUUGCAGAUAAAUUUGGAAAAAUGACAGCGAAUGAUGAUAGAAAAGAGAAUGAUAGUCGAAGAUCAUCGCCGAAUCGAGGAGAUCGUGAUAGGAAACGAGAAAAAGAACGAGAUCGGGAAAAGGAUAGAAAAGAUAAAAUUAGGUAAGUCAUUUUCAAACAGUGCUGGUCCCAAAAAGUCCACUAAAAUUCAAAAAAUAAAUUUUCGAAUUUUCACAUCAAAAUGGAAUAAAUAAUUCUAAUUGCCACGUGAAAAUUCACGUUUUCAAUGAAUUUUUACUUUCAGAAAACGGUCACCUGGUCGAGAUCGAGGACGAGAAUAUGAUCGAAGAGAUCGAGAUCGAAAUAAUGAUAGGCGACGAGAAAAUAAUGAUAGAAGUGAUAAAUCGAGAAAUGAUCGAAGAAAAAGAAGUCGGAGUAGAAGUAGAAGCAGAGAUCGACUGAAGGUUCGUUAUUUGGGGAUUUUUUGAGGGGAAAAGUAGGAGUUUUUGGUGUGCAAAUUGUUUGGAAAAUUUGAAAAUGAACAAGCUGAUUCCAUGAAUUAUAUCGAAGGAUAAUAAAUUUCCUGAUUAUUGAAAAAAUCCUUGUAAGCUCGAAAAACCUAAAGAAUAACAAAAUUAUAAAAACUGGGAUUUUCAAAGUUUAAUUUUUCUGUGAAAUUUUGAAAAUGAAAUUCCUAAUGUUUCACUAUACUUUUUUUUCUGACUCCCUUCACAUUUUCAAAUCAACACUCGAAAAUUGUUGUUUCGGAAUGUUUCCACGAGACAAGGAAGAUCAAAUAGUUGUUCAAAAAUGUUUGCUUUCUGUUUUGUUUUGUCCACCCAAACAACAAACACAUAGUUCCAUUCCAAAUAAGCGAAAACACAGAUUUUUCGACCAAUGAUCACCGAAAAAUUAUAGAUUUAUGAAAUUUGAAACCCAAUUUAUUUUUUUUGCAGGAAUAUAGCAAAGCCCGUGUACACAACGUCAGGAAAACACUUGGAAAACAACGCGAUGAUUCGGAAAGUCCACCAAAAUCUCGCAGAUAA